AUGUCUACUCUGGCAGAAAACAUCAGUCGGACGCUUGACAUCCUACUCCCUAAGAUCAAGGCGCGCCGCCAAGAGUCAUCGGAGCCUAUCGUACUUGGUAUCACCGGUCUGCAAGGCUCUGGCAAAUCGACAUGGGCAUCAGAGCUUGUCAAGAUCUUAUCACAGGGUCACGGUCUCCAUACAAUAACUGUUUCACUGGACGAUUUCUACAAAACACAUGACGAGCUGGUAGCACAGCGGGAUCGUGACCCCAACAACAAACUCUACCGUACUCGUGGACAACCAGGUACACACGAUGAACAGCUAGCUCGAAAGUUCUUCAGUGAUCUUAAAGAAUACACCGGGAAAGGCAAUCUCAAGAUCCCAAGCUUCGAUAAGAGCAAGUACAACGGCGAAGGUGACCGCGCACCCGAAUCAGGAUGGCCAACGAUCUCGCAAAAGCCUGAUGUCGUCGUCUUCGAAGGAUGGUGCGUCGGCUUCCAGCCGGUCUCGCAGUCCUUCAUCGAAGGAAGGCACUCACUAGCAAAAGCUGGAAAGCUCACGGUCAAUACCCCUGCAAACCAUCAGCUUCCGCACUUGUUCGAGGUAAACGAGAACCUCAAGCGGUAUUGUGAUGCAUUCAUGGGACCUCAACAUUUUGACUUCUUCAUCCAUAUCGAUACGGAUGACCUGAGAAACGUGUACACUUGGCGGCUGCAGCAAGAGCAUAAGAUGAUUGAAGUGAAGGGAUCGGGAAUGUCGGAUGAGCAGGUCCGUGCAUUCAUCGACGGGUAUAUGCCUAGCUAUGAGAUUUAUCUAGAACGACUGCGCGAGGGUCUGUUUGACGUCAAAAGUAGGAUGGUGAGGGUGGUGCUAAAUAGGGAACGAGAGGUGGAGAGGAUUGACGAGCUGUGA